CCGCUCACAUACCACUGACGGUGGGAGCAAGUGGACCUGUACUUUGUGUCAGAGGGGGAAUCGUUGAGGAUGCUACACUAACAUAACUAGGAUGAUGGACACACGAGCAGUCUAUUGGGGGCAGAGGAACAUUCAUUUAUAUUACUGUUUUGUUUUUUUAACUAGAUUUUGAAGAGAAUAUCUGUAGGUGUUGUCUCUGUGUGAGUUGCUGGUCCUUUGGGGCCUGACAGACGAGCAUCAGUGACUCUGUUUUGACGAGAUACUCACUACAAGGUUAUUAACUGACCUGCACUGACCCAUCUGGAUUACUUUGUGUCUGUGACCGAGUUGCUCGGCAGGUGUUCUCAACAGGAGAAAAACGACAACACUGUUGCGAUGAAUCGGACGCAGCGGAUUAAACUGUUGAAGCACUUUGGUUCUCUGCCCCCCGAGCCUCCACCUCCACUUCUGGUGGUGCCCAAACCAGGCAUGGAGGAGUUGACGAUAUGGGAGCAACAUACGAUAACACUCAACAAAGAUCCCAAGCUGGGGUUUGGUUUUGCCAUAUCGGGAGGCAAGGACAAGCCUCACCCAGACAAUGGGGAUACAGCUGUCGUGGUGUCAGAUGUGCUGCCAAACGGACCAGCCAUGGGACGACUCUUCACCAAAGACCAAAUUGUCAUGGUGAACGGAACGUCCAUGGACAACGUCCACUCGAACUACACCAUUCAGAUCCUGAAAGCAUGUGGCAAGGCUGCAAAUGUGACAGUGAAACGCCCUCGCAAGAUCCAGAUCCCAGCCACCUCCAGGCCGUCUCGGGCCGCCUCCCACUCCAACCUGCUGGACCAGGACCCUCCCAGACGAACACGGCGCUACUCUGAUGGCAGCGACAACCGGCCCACCAACCGCUACCGAGCCCGCAGCACCUCACCGGAUCGUAACGGGAUUGGAAACACACUGCCAUUGAUGUCGUCGGGCUACAAGAGGCUGCUGCACCACGACGUUCCAGACAAACCCAUCAGGACAACUCUGAUUAAAAAGAAAAUUACAGAUGAGUAUGGGUUGAAGCUGGGCAGUCAGAUCUUUAUCAAGCACAUGACGGAAACAGGUCUGGCUGCAAAGGAAGGCACACUGCAGGAGGGAGACCUCAUUCUCAAGAUCAAUGGCAUGACGACAGAGAACCUAUCCCUGCUAGAGACCAAGCACCUGGUGGAGAAGAGCAGGGGCAAACUGACCAUGACGGUCCUCAGGGAUGACCGCAAGUUCCUGGUCAGCAUCCCAGAGGUGGACGACAGCGCCCCCAACAGUGAAGAUGGCCGCCGCCACAACAGCAGCUCUGAACUCGAAGACAUUUCAGACCUCGACCCAGAUAGCCCUCCUCACAGAACAUCCCGUCAACCCACCAGAGAGAAACGGACCCGCAGGACGAGAGCUGAACCUCCUCCAGCCAAGUCUCGGGAUUCAUCGCCUGUGCGCUCCACCUUGACUCGGCCUCCUCUAGCAUCCUACGCCCCUCGCAGAGCUCCAUCUGAGUCAGAGUCUGAUCACAGCGCUUCUCCUCCUCGUGUCAGGAGAGACAGAGAAAGUCUGGACAUGAGGGAUCAGUCCAGCAAGUACAAAUCCCUCUCUGGGAUGUCCACACUCCCCAAUCCCCGGUCCUCUCCUGCACUCCCCAACUGGACCAGCUCUCGGCCGACUUCCUCUGCUUCGCGGCCCCGCAGGCCGGUGUCGGAGUCGGACUCUGACCGCAGCGCUUCCCCUCCUCCGGUCAGAGCGAGCCCACGUCUUGACAGCAGAUACAAAGUUCUCCCUGAUCUGAGCCACCUAGGCCUCAGAGAAUCCCCCAUCCCUGUUCGCCAGGAGCCACCGAGGAGGGUCAACUCGCCCCUAAGAGUCCCGCCCCCAGACUCUGACUCCGAGUCGGACGGCAGCUCGGCGCCUCCACAGAGGCAGAGCUCCUCGUACAGUCAAGACUCCCUCAGCAGAUACAGAGUCCUGCCGGAUGUUUCCCUGCAGCCUCAGGUGGAGCCACCACGAUGGAGUGCUGCGAAAACCCCCACCAGCAAUCCGCCACAGAAAGCUCCUUCAGAGACUGAGUCAGAGGCCAGUUAUGCCACUGUUCCUCGCAGGGAGUCUACAGACAGUGAAAACUCCACAGCUGUCAACAACAGAUACAGGGUCCUUCCUCCGAUAAAGUCCACUUCAGUCGCUGUGAAGCAGGAGCCUCCUCGUCGUGCACCGUCACCUGCCAGACCACCUCCUGAUGAUUCCUCAGAGUCAGACCAGCUGUCACAUCUCAGGAGGUCUGGGAGCUCCGAGCGGGACGACAGCCACCGCAGUGCUCCUCGUGCUGCUAAUGGAACUGGCAACGUCAGGUCUGGGAUUUCAGUGAAGAGCAACACACCGUCCUACUCUCUUGCAUCCAAGCCUAUAGAAGAGCCCAUCUACUCCUUACCUCCAGAUUCUUACCCAUCACCUAAUCCAGGGUACAGCUCAGACGUGCACACGGUGUCGUUUGUGAAAGAGGGCAGCGUGGGCCUGAGGCUGGUGGGGGGCAAUGACGUCGGCAUCUUUGUAGGUGGAGUUCAGCCGAACAGCUCCGCGUACAACCAGGGAAUGAAAGAGGGAGACCAGAUUAUGCAGGUAAAUAGCAUUGAUUUUGGCCAUUUCACACGUGAAGAGGCGGCUAACUUCCUGCUGCACAUCAAGAAAGGAGAACAAGUGGAAAUCUGCACUCAGCACAAGAUGGACAUUUACAAGAAGAUCACCAAGUCCAACCUGGCAGACAACUUCUACGUCCGUACCCACUUCGACCACGAAGCAGAGGGCCCCAUUGGUCUGAGCUUCACCAGGGGAGAGGUGUUCAGGGUGGUGGACACAAUGCACCGUGGCAAGUUGGGCAACUGGUUGGCCGUCCGCAUGGGGAACAACCUGCACGAGAUGGACAAAGGCACCAUCCCCAACCAAGCCAGGGCGGAGACGCUGGCCAGCAUCGAGAAGGCGCAGCGAGCGAGUGGAGAGAGGCAGGUGUCGGGACCCAGGGCUGAGUUCUGGAAACUACGGGGGCUCAGAGGGAACAAAAAGAAUGAAAAGAACGUCCGUCGGAGUCGAGAUGACCUGCUGCAGCUCACUAUUCAGGGCAAAUUCCCUGCGUAUGAGAGAGUGCUGCUCAGAGAAGCGAAUUUCAAACGGCCCAUUGUCAUUCUGGGUCCUCUUAAUGAUAUUGCCAUGGAGAAACUGGCCAGAGAGAUGCCUGAUGAAUAUGAAGUGGCAGAAAUGGUUCCUCGCAGUGGCGGAGGAGACGGCGCCUCCACAGUUAUUAAACUGGAUACUGUGAGGAGAAUAGCAGAGAAGGACAAACACCCUCUUCUGGACAUUACUCCCACUGCAGUGGAGAGACUCAAUUACAUCCAGUACCACCCGAUGGUGCUGUUCCUGGACCCUCACAACCGCAAGGACGUCAAGGCCAUGAGGCAGAGGUACAGCCCCAACUCCAACAAGAGCUCCAGGCGCCUUUUCACACAGGCCCUCAAGAUGAGGAAACACUGCAGCCACCUGUUCUCAGCACGUAUUGAUCUGCAGCCCAAUUCCAGCAUUUGGUAUGAGAGCCUGAAGGAUAAGAUCCGCCACCAGCAGUCCAAACCUGUCUGGGUGUCUGAAGUCACGUUGGAGACUGGUGGAGAGCAGGACCUGGACGCUCUGGACCAAACCCAGUCAGACUACCUGAGUGCUGCCAGUGACCUGGAGGACACUGACGGAGAGGCCUUCACAGACGAGGUCUACACCGACAACGAGGAUCUUGAAGAGGCUUAUCCCGGCCAGGAGGCUGCCAGGCUCCAACGAGAGACGAGGUUAGCCGGAGCCGCUUUAGCCCGAUCCUCUGAGCCAGCCUACGGGCACCACAGCCCCACCUCGGACCCCGAGCCGGACGGCGACACGUACUCGCUCAGAGAAAUCCCACCUUUGAUGCACGUACCUGAGCCCAGAUCCAUCCGCCAGGACAGUUACAGCCCACCUCACAGCCCCGAAGAGGAGGAGGAGGAGGAGGAGGACGAGGCCGAGGCCCCUCAUCGCAGUUUUACAGACUCUGACUUCAGCGCGCUUGAUGGAGUUGCACCCAACACACCAUCAGAAGGACCUCCAGAUUUUAUAGCCCCCGACCCAACCAUUAAGCACUCGGUGAAUGAGCCCUCGUACGCUGAGGAGCAGCCGGAGAGCCCACAGCACAUCAGCCUGUCUGCCAUCGAAGAGAAAUUACAGCAGGCUCGCUCAGCAGAGCCACAGGCACAAGCUGAGGGGAAGAAAGGCCCUAAUUUCAUUGUGCUAGCACAUCAUCACCAAGCGGUCCAGUUCAGACGCACACAGAUCCAGGGAAGUGACAGCUCUGAGGACGGAGAGGAUGAAGCGGACGACAUCGAGUGGGGCCCAGCAACAGAACUCUAGACGCAUCUGGGAUGAAAACUGGAGUCGAGAGAUUUUAAAAGGACAUGGAAACAAUUUCACACCACCAAGGAAAUCUUUUUCUUGGAUUAUUUUAAAAAAGAAUUCCUGAAAAGGCAACACAGGUUUAUUUUUAUAGCACCAUUCAGACAAAAGGAAAUUCAAAGUGCUUCACAAAGGAAUAGAAAAAUAAAAAACUUCAAACUUUGGUUUUAGAAAGUACCUGCUGAGAUUACAACUUUUAAAUUUGAGCUUCAACAUCCAAACGGUUUUCAGAUGAAUGUUAAAAUCAAAGUUCCUGAUUUCUUUUUCAGAUUUUUAUUUGAAUUACCCUUUGUGAAACAAAUCACGGUGCCCUUUGAUAUCGCUAUUGUAUGUAACAUACAUACAAGUUCUAGUUGUAUUAGAAUUUCUUAAAAAAAAUCAUUUUUUAUUAUGGAAAUAUUCCAGGAUAUAUAUUUGGAUGCCAUCUUGAACUUUUUUACAUUAAAGUGUUUUCCUCAUUUCAAAA